AUGUCCCUAGUGCUUGCGGGCAGGCCUGGCCUCAGCGCUAUAUGUCGGCAACCGUCGGCGCUGGCGCUGUUUCACGCAGCAGCGCCGUUGCCCCAGUUACUUGAUGACGCGAUUUCGGUACUAGAAGCUGCGAGGUUACGCAACUCUGGGCAUGUCCAGACAUCCAUUUCAACCGCGACCAUCAGACUUCGGACGACGCGCGGAACCCCAUCGUCGGAGCAACUGCUUGCUUUCAGAUCAUGUGUGGUGACCUCAGCUGAUAUCCAAAGCAUUCUAGACUUUCCCCGCAACGUCCCUGGAACUCCGCUCACAGCCGGCCUCCGGCAGCUGUCCGCCUUCAACGACAUCCCGGUCUCACAUCUGACACAGGCGGUCCCACAACCGCCUAUCGCAACAACCAUUCCAUGUUAUUCAUUAUCGGUAUCUCAAGAGACCUGCGACCCCAAGAAGCAGUUAACAUGCAAUGGUCACUCCGCAUCGCCACACCCUUCCUUUGACCGUCAAAUGGCGCGGCGACCCCACCUCCAAGCACAGCUACCCAACCCAUCACCACGUCAACACUCAUCCUCAAAGGGCGCCAAAACCACAUCCUGGGCGCUACACGGAUCCAGCUUUCCGUCCCCCCUACCACGGUCAACGCUGCUUAUGUCGCGGCGGUCAACGAUGCCGCCGGAUGUACGGAGCUUGAGCACGUCCACGGCGGUUCCCGCCGCUGCCAGUGAUGCUGACGGCGCCGACGUGGCGGCAGCGGCGGUGCGCGACCCAUCCCGCAUCCGCAACUUCGCCAUCAUCGCCCACAUCGAUCACGGCAAGACGACCCUCAUGGAUCGGCUACUGGCUGCAUGCGGCCACGGCAGCUCGGAGGACAGGGCCAUGGACAGCCACUCCCUGGAGCGGGAGAGGGGAAUCACCAUCCUAGCAAAGGUGACGAGUUUUACCUGGGGUGGAUUCCACAUCAACGCGGUGGACACGCCGGGACAUGCGGACUUUGGCGGCGAAGUAGAACGUAGUAGUGGUAACAGUGGUGGCGGUGGCGGUGGUAUGGCUCCGUUGUUGGACGCCAUUGUGGCUCACGUGCCGUCCCCCGCCGGCCGGGGGGAUCUGGAGGGGCCAUUCGCUCUGCGAGUGGCCAUGAUCGAGAGGGACCCCUACGUGGGGCGGAUCGCCACGGGCGCGUGCCGCAUCGCGUCCGGCAAAGUCCGUAUCGGCGACAAGGUCGAUGGCUUUGCCUUUCUUGGCACUGACGCGACUAGCUCCGCGCAGCCUUCCUUUGUUCCUGGAUGGGGCUUACGUGGCGUGGUCCCUCUUCGCACUGGCGGCCUCGGCCUUCAGGGGGGUCCGCUUUCCUUGGUUGGAUUGUCGGCUCCAUCUCUCGAGUCUCCGCCUUUGGCGCCUUCUGAGUUCUUUCUUGGCCCUGGGGUUGUCACCGGCGCCGCCGCCGGAUCCGCUGGGCCCCCCGUUAGCCGGCCUUUCCCGCUGGGCGUUCCCGCCCAGGUGCUGUUCCAAGCUAACAAAGAGCAGGCACAGCAGAAUCGCGAGCGUGGCGCCGCACCACGCCAGCACCGAGCAGUGGCUGUCGGUGCUGUGCACCAUGAUGAGGAGGACACCGAGGAUGAUGAGGAGGUGUACGUGCCGCACCGGCGCAACGCCAACGCGUCCUUCAACUGCAGCACCCAGCCUCCGGGCAUAACCUCUGAGACAAUCAACGAGGUGGCGGCAUCCGUGCAUGCCACUCUCACGCAUCAAGCUACUCCGGUGUCCUUCCAACCCAUGGAGAUCAGCAACAAUGUCUACCCACCACCCAAGGUGUCUUCAAAGCCGCGCCCUGCUGCUGCAACACUUCAAGGGUCAACAGCAACAGCAGCACACCAACCCAGUGAGUUGGUGCUCCGUUUGAACAUAGACGGGCCUGUGUUAAAAAGGGUUAUCGCGGCAAUUAGUGAGGUCGAUGAAGCGACCUGUGAGAAUACGUCUCACUCCAAGGAGGGCUUGUCUGGGGUGCCUCAGCCAUCUCCAGCCCCUCAGCAGCAGCAUCUAGCAGCUGCCCAGGUUCCAGCCCUAUCGCAGCCUACCGUUCAAACUGCAGCACUCAGCAUGCAGGCCCCCGGGCCGCUGAGUGUUGCUGGCUGCACUUCUCAGCCAGUGCUGCGUGAGAUGCCUUCUGGAGUGCCAUACUGUGUUUCAGGGGUAACUGGAGCACCACCCAGAAGCAUACAGGAGAUAAACAGCGUCGAGCUGCAGCAACUGCUUCUCAGCAACCGUCCUGCAGCCGACUACUUCGCACGAAAGCAGCUCAUGUUUUAUUUUCCACAAGGUGCACUACAGCUCAAUGGUCAUGAACAUCCCGAGUUCCGGAGCCUCCGUGAUCACUGCGCGGACGUGAAUCUCAUAACACAGCGCGCCAUGCAGCGGCUGGGUUUGGUACUCGUGCCCACUCGCACGCACCUAGAUACGUCCGCCAGUGUCGACGCCAAGCUUUUGGGGGAAAUUGACACGAGGGGAGUGCAAGUGACAAUGCUUCCGGGCACGAUACACGAGUUCAAGCUCAACCUCACUCAGACACUGGUGGUUGAGAACACGCCUCUGUUCGAUUUCUUGGUGGGCAACGAGCAAAUGCUACCUGUCGCGGACGCCAUCACACAGUAUCCGACAGCGCAGCUCCACCUGUUUCCCAAUGUCAUCGAGAGUCCGGACUACACAAUUAGCAUCCCCAUGACACCUGCUCUGCGGCGUCAGAGCACCGGUUGGGAAAGGAAGCAGGUCAGCACAACACAACACAUGCAGCACCUCAGUCUGCCAGCACACCCAGGUCCGUGUACUGAGCUACGAGGCGGGAGGUCCGGUGGGGGGCGAGGUGUGUUGGUAUCAAUCGCGGAUGGACGAGCAACAUCGUACGCUCUGGGGGAGCUCCAGAGCCGCGGGACGUUCUUCAUAGGGCCCGGGGCUGAGGUGUACGGCGGCAUGGUGGUGGGGGAGCACAGCCGCGAUGAUGACCUGGACGUAAACCCUGUGAAAGAGAAAAAGACCUCCAAUGUACGGCAAGUUACGGCGGAGGAGAAGGUGCAGCUGGCGGCACCGCGGGUCAUGAACCUGGAGGACGCGAUUGGCUAUGUGGCGGCUGACGAGCUGAUCGAGGUAACCCCAGCUGCCGUACGCAUCCGUAAAGAAACUCUGGAUGCGGGACACUCCACCAUACCAACCACCCGCACACGCUGCCGGGCAAUCAUGAACGCCAGUGUGUGCACCGAAAGCAGUUCAUUUCCUCCCAAGGUGAUACGGCCAUCCGGGAUACCGCAAAGUCCAUAUAAAACAGCCACAGCACAGCAAUGAUAGUAGUAAUGAUAACUUUAACCAUCCUGGCCAUGUAAUGAUGAUGAUGGGUACGUGGAUGGACAGGUGGUAGGUAACCGCCUCGGGCCGUCAGUCUGGUGCGAGCUCCGGUGCCAGGGGGGUCGUGAGGGGGAACGGGUGUGAUAGGUACACACACAUGGGAUAGAUACACACACAUACAGAUAAACAAGCUCGUCUGUCGGACUUACAAGGCCAUCAAGUAAUUAUGGUAGAAGUAAGUACGGUGCACCGUCAUGAUCUUCUGAUGGCCACGUCGGCAUCGUCAUUGUCAUCCUGGGGUUGUAGCUGGCGGUGAUUGCCGGCCCGUCCGCUACGACGGAGUUGUUGCAUGUCGUCGUGAUGUGCUACCGUACAGUGUCGUACAGACGUGUUAGUGGCAGACAUGCUAAGGGUGGGCGGGUGUGAGCGUCGUGCUUCUUUAAGAUUUCUGUUGGCUCGCUGCUGGGGUUGGUGGCGGUUAUGGUGGUUGUGACGGUCAUGGUGGUUUUAGAAUGUGUUCGUGCAGGUGCUGCUGGUAUUGAAUGUCAUUGUUGAUGCGCGUGUUUCACUGUUGCGUGCCGGUGUGUGCGUACACUGAUCCGUAUGUAUGUGUGUUGCAUGGGCGGGAAGGGGAAAAACGUACAUGUAUUUCCCUGACAUUAUCG